AUGUACGGCAGGGAACGCGACUAUGUCACUUUGAAGAUCUUUGCACGGGGUCAUGGAGAGACCUGCAAAAAUGAAUUCCGCACCUACGAAGUCUUGAGGAAAGCAAACCCCUCCCAUCCGGGAUACCAUUAUGUGAGAACUGCUCUUGAUACGUUCCCCAUUGAACGGCCUGGCGGCGAGCAUCAGUGUCUCGUCCAGGAACCUAUGUGGGACAGCUGGAAGGACCUGCUCCGGCGAAAUCCCUCUGGGCGCUUUUCCGACGUCCUGCUCAAGGGCGGCCUCCAGCAUCUUUUCCGUGCUCUGGAUUACUUGCAUACCCAGUGCAAGUUGGUCCACACCGACAUCAAAGCCGACAACAUCUUACACGCCAUCGCCGACCCGGAAAUCCUCACAAGCUUCGUCGACGGAGAGAUGGAGGCCCCCUCGCCGCGCAAAGUGAUUAACGGUGACCCGGUCUAUAUGUCCAGACGCUUUGGCCUCCCCAAAGAAUGGGGCAGAAUCAUUCUUAGCGACUUUUGGUGCGUGGUAGACGGAGAUGUCAAGCGCAACCACAACGCCCAGCCGGAUGUCUACCGGUCCCCGGAGGUUAUGCUCCAGGCCCCAUGA